CUCUGGUGAGAGUUCAAAACGGAAUGUUUGUUUACAAACACAAUUUGGCAAAUUACAAAUUUCAAAAAUGUGUCACGAAUUUGCUAAAAGGCACCUUGAAGCUACGGAACUGGAACUGUUUGUUACAGUCGUUUUACGCGUAAUUUAACGUUAUAGUGUUUUUUUGUAAGAACAAUCACUUCCAUAUCAUGGAACAAAGUCCUUGUUCACUGGACAUUCAACAUUACAGAACAAGAAACCCUGGAUUUGAAUAGUGCUCAGAAAAAUGGAUUUAUUGUUUCUAAAAGGGGUCAGUGUGUUCAUCAGAUCAGUUUCUAAAGAGUUGAGUCAGCCCUACAUAGCAACGAGAAAUUUUACAACAAGCGUACAAUGCUUUGUGAAGAGGAAAUAUCCUAUAAAUGAAGAAGAAUCAAAGUUACUUCCAGUGUUUCAGUAUCCUGUGAGCUCCAGGAGUAUUCGCCGUGUCUAUGUAUGGGGUUUGGCAGAGCAUGGAGCAUUGGGAAAUGCACUGGAAUGCACAAAAAGUAAAAGGACACCUCUAAAAAGUGUUCGCCAUCCAAACAGACUUCAUUUUGCAGAGAAACACAAGAUAGUGGACAUUGCAUGUGGAUAUGGUUUUACAGCAUUUGCUGUAGAUGCCAAGGAUGGAUACAAAGUAUUCGGCUGUGGGAUAAAUACAGAUUCACAGAUAGGGUACCAUGCACCACGUAGGGAUCAUCCCCUGGGGCUUGUAUUAGCACCCGCCCCUGUGGAGUUGCCAGUGCACAGUCGAGUGAAGAAAGUUGCUGCUGGGCGCGCACAUCUUAUUGUAUUAUCAGAGAGAGAAGGAGCUUUUACUCUUGGCAAUAAUGCUUAUGGACAGUGUGGCAGGAGGAUAAUUGAAGAUGAGAAGUACUCUGGGAGCCAGACAGUCCAUUGUAUUCCUUCCCUUGAUGGAGCUGUGAUUGAAAAGGUCUUUUGUGGACAAGAUCACAGUAUCUUUGUCACUAAAAAUGGAGAUCUGUAUGCAUGUGGUUGGGGAGCUGAUGGCCAAACUGGAUUAGGCACUUAUGACACAGUUUAUACACCUACAAAGUUGAAAGGUGAUGUUGAAGGAGAGAAUAUCAUAAAAGUUUCGUGUGCAGCUGAUUGUGUGUUGGCACUUAAUGCUAAGGGUGAAGUUUUUGGUUGGGGAAACAAUGAAUAUGGACAGCUUCCGUUGCCAACUGACUUGCAACAACUGAAUGCACCGAGACACAUCAAGCUUGCUGGUGUGGGCAAAGUAUUGGAUAUUGCUUCUGGAGGAUCUUUCUGUCUUGUAGUAAAUGAUGCAGGUGAUGUUUUUGUCUGGGGUUAUGGCAUACUUGGAGUGGGUCCCUCAGUUGACCAUGCAAAAAAGCCAGUUCUUAUACCACCAACACUCUUUGGUAGAAAUGAAUUCAGCACAGAAUCAAGAAUUGUUAGUGUUGCUGCUGGAAUGAGCCAUAUGGCUGCUGUUACCAAUUACGGGGAUUUGUACAUGUGGGGCCGAAACAGGGGUGGUUGUUUGGGUCUUGGACAUGAAAACAACCAAUUCUUUCCUCUUAGGGUUGCAGUGGGAGCUCAAGUGAAGAAAGUUAGCUGUGGAGUGGAUCAUACAGUUGCAUUAUGUCAGCCAUAUGUUUGAUAAAUAUAAAGAGUUUGCAAAUAGUAUAUGUAGACAUAGAUAUAGUAAGGAUAUAUCAUUUUCAUUUUAAUUUGAAAUAAAUAGUAGGAAAGUUGUGGUGAAAUUUAAAUAUUAAUAUUUCAUUUGAAAUGAAAUGUUCGCAAUUUGCCUUUCUAAGUUUGCUAAAUGGAAAGAGUUAAAACAAAUAAAAUUAAUCCAUUCACAUACAGAAAAAUAAGAUCAUUGAUAAAGAAGAUCGAGGAGGACAUGAUGAUAUGAAGCAAACCAAUAAAUAAGUGACAUUUGAUAAUCUGAAUAGAGAUGAUCUGAAAAUCAAAUUGCUUAUUCAUUUUGUUGUGAAAUACAGUUUAGCUAAAGAAAUACUAAAAAUGUUUGAAAUAAGAAAAUGUAUUUGUAUGAAACUUGUUGACCUGUGGGUUUGCUUCAGUUUCCAUGUAAAUCUGGCAUAGAAUCCAGAACUUGACUUACAAUUAUGUAAUAAAAAUGUUGUUGUACAUAGCCAAUUAAAAUUUUGUUUAAGUGGCUGGGUGUUUUACAGAUGACAGCUACAGGAAACUUGCUUGAUGAGAUCUGAAGCACUUUGGGUGUGCUGAUUCCAUGUUCUGCAUUUUGAACAUUUUGUAAAUAGAUGUAGAAACUGACCAUUGUAUUUAGCUUGAUUUAUGACACAGACAGAUGUGUAAACCAUGUCUGGAGAAAAUUGUAACUGAUUUCUGGACUGCAAAUAUAUGUUAAUAUUCACUAAAACCAUAAUUCCACACAUGUAUAUGUCAGUUUCCUUGUGUGAAUGUGUGUUUGUUUUCUAUUUCUGAAGGAAGACUUUUUUGUCCAAAAUGUUAAAUGUUUAGUACUUUUUCAUUAUGCCUGUCUGCAACUCGAUGCCUCCUCUGUGUGGUGAAUAGCAGUCUAUUCUUUUCAUAUAAUUGUUGUUAUUUAAUCCUGGACUUUGUAUUAUUAUUACUACUACUACUACUACUACUACUACUACUACUAUUAUUAUUUUAAUUUGUGGUAGUCAUCAUCAUAAUCAUAUUUCUUUGUCUCUUCAUUUUUUGGAUUAGCUUUUUAAGUACUGCAAAUAUUCAUAGUGUAACUACAUUUUUUCUUUCUACAAUAAAUCAGUAAUACUACUCAA